CAAAGUCUUUUCUUUUAAUAUUUUUCCUUUUUGGAGGAAAAACAAACGAACAAAUUCGAAACGGUGGCUUCCACGUCGGGAUUCAUGGCGGCCGGAGCAACCUACUUCGAUGCCGACCUUGACGAUGAACUCGCCUUCGACCUCCAAAUGGAAGAAGCCAUCGCCGCUUCACUGGCUCUUCUCCCCUCUACUUCCCACUCUCCUCCAUCAUCGUCGUCAUCGCGCCCAUCACGCUUUCUCGUCGAUCAUCGCGCCGAUUGUGAAAUUCCCGAUGCGAUUCUCAUAUCGGACAAUGACGCGUUGGAGGACGGCGGCCGACUUCACAACCUGGUCGCCGGGGACACCAUCAACAUCUCCGACGACGAGCGGGACGAUUUCGAUAGUCCGUACGGUACGGACGUGUCUGCUGUCGGUUCGUCCCGCAAUGCUUUGUUUAAUACCGAAUGUUGCAAAUUGUAUUUCAAGGGUUUGAUUAGCGAAAAGAGCGUCGAAGACGCGAUGGUGAUUGUGGCGGCUAUUUUUGAUUCGAGAGAUAAUUUAUUGAUCGAAGUGAGUAAGCCAUUGGAAGCCGUUCGAGAGAGCAAAGCCCUGAGUCACAAGCUUGCUUACCUUAGGGCUCUGAUCGAAGGGCUUGAGGCGGCUCUUGUGCUUCCCUUGGAAAGGGUUUCCUUCUUCUGCGAUGAUCAUACGAUUUACAAAUAUGUUUCAGGUAGAGUACGUCCAAGAGAAAGCAAGGUUGCAGCUUUGGUAGAGAAGGUGACUCUUCUUCGUGGAAAGUUUACUUAUUGUGAACCCAUUUUGGCAGCAAAAGAUGACGAGAAGUUUGCCUUUAAAUUUUCAAAAGACGCCACAGCUUCUCAGGUCAGGUUGCGUGCUGCAAAAACAGGCAAGUGCAGGAAGUUGCUAGAGAAAGAGAACUGCAAGAUUUGUUUUGAAGAUACUAAAUUGUGCCAAAUGUUUACUGUCGAUGGCUGCCUUCAUAGAUACUGCUUUUCUUGCAUGAAACAACACAUAGAAGUGAAGUUUCUUGCUGGAUCUGAAGCUAAAUGUCCUCAUGAAGGCUGUGAAUCUAUACUGAGCAUCGAGAGUUGCAACAAACUUCUCCCACCCGAAGUAAUUGAAAUCAUAAUUCAACGCUUUAAGGAAUCUUCCAUUCCUGUUUCAGAGAAAGUGUAUUGCCCACGUCCUAGAUGCUCUGCUUUGAUGUCAAAGACUGAGGUUCUGGAGUAUACAAAAAAUAUGCACGGGAACGCAAAGCAAUCUGGAGCCAGAGAAUGUAUGAAAUGCCAUCGACUUUUUUGCAUCAAUUGCAAAAUCUCCUGGCAUGAUGGCAUGACUUGCAAGGACUACCAAAAUUCAAGCUACAAAAAUCAAACGGAAGAUGCGAAGCUGAAGUCUCUAGCCAGAGAGAAGCUCUGGCGGCCAUGUGCGAGAUGCAGCCAUUUGGUUGAACUUGCAGAAGGAUGCUAUCACAUCAUUUGCAGAUGCGGAUAUGAAUUUUGCUAUACUUGUGGAGCUGAGUGGAAGAACAAGAAACCAACGUGUGCGUGUCCAAUAUGGCACGAGCAUAACAUCAUACGUCAGGGAUGAUAGAGGAUCGACAUUGGCGGGUGCGACAUUUUGUGAGAUUUGCUUGAAUUCAGGCAAAUGUCAGGUAAAUAUUGUUCACUUUUCAGAUGGAAUUAGUUCUAGAUGGAAAAUUACCAUCAGUCUUUGACUCGUUAUUUCUAAUGAAUCUUGAUAUGGUCAUUGGUUAGUGUACAUGUAAUUAUUUAGGAGUUAGAUUGGGUUAUAAUAGUUGACCUAUAUCUCUGUCUUUAACUAAAAGAUAAUGGAUUUGAA